AUGACGCAUUCCGACCCCGCCGCCGCCACGGGUCCACGCGGAAGAGCGCCGACGACGAACGACGCCCUGCGCGCGCGCAUCGCCGAGCUCGUCGUCUUGGCGCGCGGUGGUGACGUCAAGGCGUUCGUCGAUCGAUUCAUUCCGAGAGACAUCGACGCCGACGACGCCGAGGCGUUCGAGAAGAGUCUUCGAGACGACGCCGAGCGUCUCGAGUUGCUCGCGCGCGAGCUCGAACUCGUCGACGCGGGCGAACCGGUGUGCCGCGCGUGCGGCGGUGACGGCGUCACGCGCGUGUCGUUUCGAUUCGAAAUGCCGAACGAGGGCUCGGCGGUGACGAUCGAUCGCGAGGUGACCUUCGUGGAUUACGCGCGCGACGGCGAGGCGAGCGACUGGCGCGCCGAGGGCUGA